AUGGCUAUAUGUGAAAUAUCUUAUGUGCUUCUAAUAGCUACAUUCGAUAUCCUGUAUGCAACAUUGGUUGAAUACUGUUGUGGAUUAUUCGAAAGCUUGAGAUAUAGAUUAGAAAAUGCAUUCAAUUUCGAAAACAAUAAUGGUGGUUUAAUAUUAACGCAGAAUACGUCUUAUUCAAAUAUCGUAUACUGUAUUCGAAGACAUAUCGAAACGAUGCAAUUUAUUGCUAUUAUGGAAUCGAUGUACAACAUACCUUUCUUUGUAUACAUGGGGUUUCUUGUAAUAUGUUUAAGUAUUGCAGGAUUUCAGAUGAUAACAAACACGGAAAAUAUAAAUAAUUUUAUAACAUAUUGUAUUUAUAUGAAUGCAUUAUUAAUCAAUAUAUUUUUUAAAAAUUGGCAAGGUCAAAAGAUCAUAGAUUCCAGCGAGAAGAUAUUUGAAUCCGUAUAUAACUCAAAAUGGUACAAUAUGCCAAUAGCAACACAAAAGCUUCUUAUAAUGAUAAUGAUGACAAGUAAAAAACCAUUGAAACUCACUAUUGGCAAACUCUUUGCAAUGUCAUACAUAACUUUUUACGCGGUAAUACGCACAUCAUUAUCAUACUUCAUGCUAUUGCGCUCUCUACAAUAA